AUGUCGACGGCGGUCGUGGCGGAGACAAGUAAGAAGCUCCCUCGGCCGGGUAAGGGAGGCUACCAUGGUCACGGCCUGUCAGAAGAAGAAGCGAGGGUGAGGGCCAUAGCGGAAAUCGUGAACUCUAUGGUGGAGCUUUCCCGAAAGAAUCAAACUGUCGACCUCAACGCAAUCAAAUCCGCCGCCUGCCGGAAAUAUGGCCUUGCGAGAGCUCCGAAGCUCGUGGAGAUGAUAGCGGCUCUCCCUGACUCCUACCGCGAGUCGCUACUGCCCAAGCUCCGAGCCAAGCCUGUUAGAACUGCCUCCGGCAUCGCUGUAGUCGCAGUCAUGUCCAAGCCGCAUCGUUGUCCCCAUAUUGCGACCACCGGAAACAUUUGUGUUUACUGCCCCGGUGGCCCGGACUCGGAUUUUGAGUACAGUACUCAGUCUUAUACUGGUUACGAGCCGACUAGCAUGCGAGCAAUUCGUGCCAGAUAUAACCCGUAUGUCCAAGCCAGGAGCAGGAUUGAUCAGCUUAAGCGCUUGGGUCAUAGUGUGGAUAAGGUGGAGUUCAUAUUAAUGGGUGGUACCUUCAUGUCUCUGCCAGCAGAUUAUCGUGAUUACUUUAUAAGAAAUCUGCACGAUGCUUUAUCUGGGCAUACUUCUGCCAACGUCGAAGAGGCAGUUGCCUACUCUGAGCAUGGUUCCACAAAGUGCAUUGGCAUGACGAUUGAGACGAGACCGGAUUAUUGUCUUGGACCUCAUUUGAGGCAGAUGCUAUCUUAUGGCUGUACAAGACUAGAGAUUGGGGUUCAAAGCACGUAUGAAGAUGUUGCACGGGAUACUAAUAGAGGACACACUGUAGCUGCUGUUGCUGAUUGUUUUUGUUUGGCAAAAGAUGCUGGUUUCAAGGUUGUUGCUCAUAUGAUGCCCGAUCUUCCAAAUGUGGGAGUUGAGAGAGACAUGGAAAGUUUUCGUGAAUUCUUUGAGAACCCCUCCUUUAGAGCGGAUGGACUAAAAAUCUAUCCCACUCUUGUUAUCCGUGGAACUGGGCUAUAUGAACUUUGGAAAACUGGCAGGUACAGAAAUUACCCACCUGAGCAACUCGUAGAUAUAGUGGCCAGGAUAUUAGCAAUGGUACCACCUUGGACGCGUGUUUACAGAGUUCAGCGGGAUAUUCCCAUGCCGUUGGUUACAUCUGGUGUUGAGAAAGGAAAUCUACGUGAGUUGGCUUUAGCCCGGAUGGAAGAUUUGGGCUUGAAAUGCCGAGAUGUCCGAACACGUGAGGCUGGAAUUCAGGACAUUCAUAACAAGAUUAGGCCCGAAGAAGUUGAGCUUGUCCGCCGUGAUUAUACAGCAAACCAAGGCUGGGAAACAUUUCUCUCAUACGAGGAUACACGCCAGGACAUACUCGUUGGGCUCCUGCGGUUGCGUAAAUGCGGCAAGAACGUGACAUGCCCGGAACUGACGGGGAGGUGUUCCAUUGUUCGAGAACUCCACGUUUAUGGGACUGCAGUUCCUGUUCACGGGCGAGACUCAGACAAGCUGCAGCACCAGGGAUACGGCACUCUUUUGAUGGAAGAGGCCGAGAGGAUAGCCAGGAGGGAGCAUCGAUCAACUAAACUAGCUGUGAUCUCAGGCGUAGGAACCCGUCAUUACUACAGGAAGUUGGGUUAUGAGCUUGAAGGCCCUUACAUGGUGAAAUCUCUUGCCUGA